CUCGCUCGCGGGGGUCUCGGCGAGUGGCUUGCGUGAGCUCGGCCCUGCCCUUCCCCGGACUGCCGCGCAGCAGGGAGGUCCCAGGUUGCGCCCCGAAACUGCCAAGCCCCGAGCGGGCCGCGCCCCGAUCUGGGGAGGUGUCACUGGGUCAUACCAUCACCGAGCCACCUAACUAUCAUUUCUGAGAAAAGGAAAAGGGUGGAUCUGAGUAGAGAAGGUAGGUGCAGGUCACAGAACAGGAAGUGGCUCAGAUUCAGGGUUAGGACUAAGGCCUCACCCGCCAAGAGUCAAAGGUUUUUUUUUUUUUUUUUUUUUUUUUUUUGAUUCCAGCUCUUUAACUUUUUUGUUUUUUGGGACCAGGCUUUUCUAUGCAGUUGCUCUGUAGACUAGGCUGGCCACAGUCAUAUUAAGCAUUACAGUCCACACCACCCCUCAUCAUCGUCCUGUUUCCAGAGAGAGGGUUUCCUGUGUAGCCCUGGCUGUCCUGGAACUUGCUCUGUAGACCAGGCUGGCAUCAAACUCAGAGAUCCGCCUGCCUCUGCCUCCUCAGUGCUGCGAUUACAGGUGUGCACCACCACAUAGGGCCUGAAAGUUUUCAUGUUUAAGCCUUAUUUUGAUGUAAUGUCAAACAUCACUGUUUUAAACACGUAACUAACAGCUUAGGUUCCCUGUCUCUUGUCAUUUCUAAGCCAUAUACAGGGUGGCCCAGGCAGGCACACCUUACAGCACCCCACCUUACAGCACAGUGGUCCAGAAACCGCCCGUCUGCUAUGACACUUGUCCAAUAGUAUUCUCGAGCACUUUUUAUAGAUAGAACCCAGGAUCCUUGUAUUUUAUUGUCCUAAGCACUCAUACUUUUAAUUCCCACAACCUCUCAUUCUGUGACUAUUCAUAAAGUUAACUACAGGUGAUGAGGCUGCAGCAGGUAGCCAGUGCCAAGACGGAGAGAUGAGUCAGCAGUUGGGAGUUCCUCGAUGCUUUUCCGGAGGAUCUGAGUUUAACGGCCAUCACUCAUCCUGGGAGACGUACAACUAACUUCCUGUUACAACAGCUCUGGAUCUGAUGCCCAGCUCUGACUCAGGCACCUCUGCACAUACAGCACACACAUGCACGCACACACACCACAACCUUUUACAUGGAGAACAAGCCAGUGAGCAACACUCCACGACUUCUGCUUUGUUUUCUGCCCUUCAGGUUCCUUCCUUGAUCCCUGCCCUGACUUCUCUAAAUAAUGGCCUACAAGUUGUGAGAUGAAAUAAGUCCCUCCCUCCCCAAGUUGCUUUUGGUCAUUGUACCGGUUGGUUCUGUGUGUCAACUUGACACAAGCUGGAGUUAUCACAGAGCAAGGAGCCUCCCUUGAGGAAAUGCCUCCAUGAGACCCAGCUGUAAGGCAUUUUCUCAAUUAGUGAUCAAGGGGGGAGGACCCAGCCCAUUGUGGGUGGUGCCAUCCCUGGGCUAGUGGUCCUGGGUUCUUUAAGAGAGAAGGCUGAUCAAGCCAGGGGAAGGAAGCCAGUAAGUAACAUCCCUCCAUGGCCUCUGCAUCAGCUCCUGCUUCCUGACCUUCGUGAGUUCCUGUACUGACUUCCUUUGGUGAUGAACAGCAGUGUGGAAGUGUGAGCUGAAUAAACCCUUUCCUCCCCAACUUGCUUCUCAGUCCUGAUGUUUGUGCAGGAAUAGAAACCCUGACUACGACACUCAUGUUCUUUAUCACAGCAGUAAAAACCCAACUAAGACACAUGGAUUGCAGCAUAACAAGUGCCUAUCAUCCCAGCCCUUGGGAAGUGGAGAUACGGAGAGAUCCCUGGGGCUUGCUGACUAAACCAGCCUAUCUGAAUCACUGAGCUCCAGGUGAAAGGCCCUGUCUCAAAAGUAAUGUGGGAGCCGAGGAGCUGGCUCAUCAGGGAAGGCAUCUACUGUGAGCAAGUGAAAGUCUGUUGACCUGAGCUUGAUCCACAGAACCCACAUAGAGGUGGAAGGAGAGAACCGAGUCCACAAAGUUGUCCUCGGAUUUGCACAAAGGCAUAGGAAGUCAAUGAGUGAGUAAAUAACUUACAGGGAUGACGGAGUGCGAUCGAAAGGUACCCUUCACGAAAAGUUUACACACACUGAAAGUGGUGUGAGGAGGGUCAGGCGAGUUCUUGGAGGGUGUGCUGAGCUCUGCUGCUGUGUCUGGGCACGUCUGGGCCUAUGUGUGACUCGGAAUGGUAAGAUCAUCAGAGAUGAGCGCUAAGGCAGAGACUGCCUUGGCCCCCUCGUGUUGAAGGCUCACAGUUGUCCACUCAGGUAUGUGUGUAUCACCAUCUUGUCCUUAGUGAGUCCUACACAUUCUGGGAUUCAGUCUCAGAUGUCUGGUGUUUCCUCCUUCCCUGAGGUUUGAACUUUGAGGGAUCUGAGGGAUGGCCUAGUGGUCACAGACUUCCUGUGACACCUUCUGUUCCUCUUGGAGACACUUGACCUUAUGGAGCCUUGGAUUUUCUGACGUGACAGAACCCUGUGCUCUUCCUGGUCUCAGCUUGUGAGGCAUUAUGGUUUCACAAAUGAUGGGAGAUACCAUGGCUUGUGUUUGUGAAAGGCACUGGGGUGGUCACGGAGUGACACACGUGAGACGCUUCAGUCACUUUCCAUACCCUGAAGGCACUGGGGAUCAAUCCCAAGGGCCUCAUGACCAACAGGUAAAAAAAGGCUCUGUCACUGAAAGACAGCAACUCCAGAAACAGGUAUUUUAGCCAGGCCUGUCUUUACAUGCCUGUGAUUGCAACCGUGGGAGGCUGAGGCAGGAGGAUCUUGAGUUAGAGGCUAGCCUAUGCAACACAGAGAAAUCCUGUCUUCAAACAACAAAAAAGGAAAGAGCAAGGUGUGGGGGAGAAGGGUACAUGGGAGGGUUUGGCGGGAGGAUAGGGGUGGAAGAGGUGAUGCUAUUUUUAUAUUAUGACUGAAAAAUAAAGGAAAACAGGAACAAAAAGAUUGCAGGUGCUUCAGUGUACCCCUGCACCUGAGCGCCUUUGGGGAGCCCUGUGCCUAGGCAGUGAGCCCUGACGGGUCUUCAGUGAGCUCUGUGCCUAGGCUGGGGUCAGGUAGGUUGUGGGGGAGGAGUGGGAGAGAUGAGGUGGUCACUGUGCAGUUAAAAACUCUCUCCCCUAGCUCUUCUUUCUAACAUAACCCGUUGAGUGGAGCCUGUUACCCUAAACCAGGCCUCAGUAAGUGAACCUGGGCAGAGUAAGCGAAGCGAGGCCCCUCCCCCUCUGCUGUGUGUAAGUGGAACUGCAAACAGUCUAACAUGAAAAAUUGAUUCAAGGGCCCAGGGAGGGAGUCCAGCAGGAGGUGGGGCCUUGGGCCUCUGCCAAACCAGACUCUGGGCAGAGGCAGGAGCCCUGAAGGGGAUGAGGAAAUCAAGGUUGUGGCCUGUGCUGGGCAGCAUGGUGCCUCUUUGCAGGCCCAAGGAGGCUGGGAGGCCAGGAAGGAGCGUCUGGCUAUAGAGAUCUGAAGCUUAGCAACAGCUGAGGGGUGGGCUGGGAGCAUCUCUGGGAGGCGAGAGUAGUGGGGUUUCCUGGCUUCUCCAAAGGCCUGUGAAAGGUCAGCCUUUGGCCACAGGCCUGCUCAGCUGUUUCCCAGUUUCUAAGACUCUGGGCUGGCGAGGAGGGAAUCCCCAUCCCUGCACUCACAAACCUGUGCCAGUGCACACCACCAGCAUCAGUGCUGCUGGGCCCUGAACGUGGCCCACGUGUUGGUUGCCAUGGUAGCAGCUACAUGCUGGCAGAGGGCCCAGGUUGGGCUAAUCUAGAUGGAGGUGAGGGAAAAUCAUCUGUGUUUGGGGCACUACUAGCAUUAUUGGAAGCCAGCUUGGGGGAUAGGGCAAAGGGGCCUUUUAAGGAGACCUGUCCUUAGCAAUCUGAGAACGUUUUCCAAGAGAUGGGUGUGUAGUGGACACUUUGAGUCUGGGCCUUUAGGGCACUCUUGCUCUUGCUCCCAGCUGGACUUACUGAGAAGGGCGUCAACUCAGCCCCAAGCCUUGCUGGAACCAGUCUAAGCCUGAGGGGGUCCUAGCCUUUUAGACCCAGCUGUGGUUAGAAUGGCCCACUGCUGUGUCCACUCAGAGUGGGCUGUUCUCCUGAGUAACGGUUGGGUUGGGAUAUUGCUCACCCAAAUGGCCUCUCAAAGUCCAUUAAAGGUGCUCCUCCCCCAAGACAUACAUGUGUUGAAGUUGGUGCCUCAGGUAGCUUGGCAUCUGUACUUAGACGCUAGCUACAGUAGCAUCAGACAGUCAUACUUUGGGCAUCCCGUCUUCCCCUCUGGUUCAUGGGGGUAAAGAACCCUCAAGUGGAGCUGACUUAGAUGUCCCCGCGUGCAGCCUGGACAGCCACGGUGGCACACAUGUCCCCGGGUGCAGCCUGGACAGCCACGGUGGCACACAUGUCCCCGGGUGCGGCCUGGACAGCCACCGUGGCACACAUCUAUUUGUGCACCCAUAAUAGAGAGAGGUGGCUUUCUGCCAUCUGAGUACCCUGUAGAUGGACAGAGGGCCCAGCCUGCCAUAGACUUGUGUGUAGCUGGGCAGGGGAUCCUCUAAGUGGUGUACAGCCUGACUGUUGUGCCAGCAUCCAGAAGUGGGUGCUGGGGCUUGUGCUAGAGUAGCAUCUUCAGAGGCUGAGCUGAGUCUCCAGGGGACCACAACAGCUCAUCCUGGCCCCUUUCGCUGUGAACCUUCACACAAACACUCCAUAUGAAGACCUGUCUACAGUAUUACAACUUUCCACAGAGCUGUAGCUCGUUACACAGGAACCAGACAAAAUGCCCAUCAUACAGGGGAAGCGUCUAUUUUGUGGUAGAGCUCCUGAUGGGAUCUGGAAGGGAAAGACCCUGGUGCGCCACAGCUUGGAGACUGCAGUGGAGAGACCCAGGAAAGCUGCCUCCUGCCAAGGCGUACCCUGAAGCCCAGCAGGCCCUCAUAUUGCAAAUGUCAUUGCCAAUGUCAAUAGCCCUGUUCUACCUGGGGCUGUUGUGGGGAAGUGUCCCAAAACUGAGUAGCCAUCGACACCUCUGGCUCUAUUUCCAACAGCCUGUCCAGAGCCAGGGCACUUAGCGCCUGGCGGCCAGGCCUUCUCCUGCUAGGUAUCUGAUGCUGGUGAACCCUGCCAGCACCAGUCAAGCUAAUGAAGCCAUUAUGCCAAUCAGAAGGACUAGACUCUCAGGGCUCUUAAGCAGUCUGGCUAGAUGGGGUUAGGGAACAAUGGGCAUAGUUGACCCUCAGGCUCUCCCCUGAGAGACCAACCUAAUCAGAUCCUUGGUACCUGACGGGGGCUGCUCCAAGCUUGGAACACUUUUUAGUAUGGACGCCACCCUGGCAACUGGGGCUUUUGCACGGACAUCAUACUCCCCACCCCCCACUGUAUCUCUAAGGCAGUACUUGACACACAACCUGACUACACUUUCUGAUGGGGCCUCAUACAUGUGCGUGGGUCACAAUUUGAAUAAAGCUGUCCUGCAGGGAAAGAUGACAGCAAUAGGGUUAGCGCGUGACAAUAUGUCAUGGGUCCUACUGUGAGCCCUCUAUUGGGGAAAGUUCCUCUUACUUCCUCAGCGUCUUCAGAUGCUUGGAUGGACCUACCUCACCCUCUGCAUUCUCCCUUAAUGUAGACCUCUGUGCCAGUCUGGCCAUGUACAAGUCCCCUACCAUAGCCACUUGAGGGAUGACAGGCACGGGACAAGGGAAAGAAGACUGGGGCCAUGACUGGAAGCAGUCCACAUUCUCCUGUUACUGUCCCUCAGGAGGGCCUUCCCCUGUGGUCAGUCGCACACUGUUAUGAGGAAGAAGACACCAAUUCUGGCUCAGGCCCAUGAUGGACAGCUCCGGUUUCCUGCUUGGCUCUGGUCCCCUGAGGCAGGUGCAGGGUAAAACUGAGCAGGGCUGCGGAAGCUCCCUGUCAGGCUCAGGAUGAAGAGGGUACAGCCGGGUGGUCCCAGAGGUAAGAGGUCAGGGGUCAGGUGUGGCUGGCUUCCAGCAUCUCCUAAACCGUACCACCCAGCCCUGAGCUCCCCACACAGAAGGGAAGAGCAUCAUGCCCCAAGAGAUGGCAGGGAACACAUGGUAUACCUUGAUUCUUUGCCUGCUACACGGGUGUGAGCAUCACCUGGUUGCCCUAGCAGACCAUGUGAGGCUGCUCUUUCCAAACCUAGGGGACCAGGAACAGCAGCGUAUCUGCCUCCACACUGCCAUCCCUGCUCAGGUCAGGGUGUCCCAGCUUCACUGCUGGCCCUUACUGCUGCCUCCCCAGCCCACGGCCUUGGGGCAGACGUGUCAAGCUCAGGGCCACACAAAAAGGUAGGAACUGUGUGGCCAGGGGGAUAGGCCAGGAUGCUGCUGUAUGCUACGGGGGCCAUUUUGCUCCUGGUGGCAGGAAUCAGAGAAGCAGUAACUGGAUCCUGUAGAGGAUCUGGCGGGCUACUGAGGGUGGAGGGCUGCGUUCAGAUCAGGUUGCCACCCUGCUGUGAGUUUUCCACUGGGCUGCUUUUUCUACCUUGGGAAAGAGCUGGGCUGGACUCAGGGUCUAAGCCGGGUACUGGGAGGCCUUGAAGCAAUAGGGCAGCAAGGAGAGAGGCUGAGAGCUGUGGGAUCUACAGUAUGUAGGGCAUAGCACCCAGGUAGCCGUGGGUGAGGACAAGGAGGUGGUCAACCUUGCUCCUGUCCUGCUGGCCAUCAACUCUGGACUUGGUGCUAUCCAGGAGCCACUGAAAUCCAAGCUGGGGGUAAGGCAAGGUGGCUACUGCUCCUAAGCCAGUGCCUUUCUGAUCCGCCCCCCCUCACCCGCCCUCCGGGCUCCCUGCUGGUCAUGUAAGAUCUGCCUGAGUGGCCGAGGCCACAAGACAGAGGGAGCUGACUCUGAGGCAGGGAGUGUCCAUGUUGCUGGCUAGGCUUGGGAGCCAAGGGCCAGAUAAACAGAUCUGGGCCUCAGGGGGGGCUACAGGCCCCCUGAACACUCAGAGAGAGCUCCCUGGACCCCUGAAGCAACUUGGCUAGUCUCAAAGAUGCCAACCAACGGCUUGCACCAGGUGCUGAAGAUCCAGUUUGGCCUUGUGAACGAUGCCGACCGCUACCUCACGGCUGAGAGCUUUGGCUUCAAGGUCAACGCUUCCGCAGCCAGCCUCAAGAGGAAGCAGAUAUGGGUCCUGGAGCCUGACCCAGGGCAGGGCACUGCUGUGCUGUUUCGCAGCAGCCACCUAGGCCGCUACCUGUCGGCAGAAGAAGAUGGGCGCGUGGCCUGUGAGAUGGAUCACCCGGGCCGUGACUGUCGCUUCUUGGUCUUGCCGCAGCCUGACGGGCGCUGGGUGCUGCAGUCAGAGCCACACGGCCGCUUCUUUGGUGGCGUUGAGGACCGACUGUCCUGCUUUGCUACGGCCAUCUCCCCGGCAGAGCUGUGGACCGUACACCUGGCCAUCCACCCACAGGCUCACUUGCUGAGUGUGAGCCGCCGGCGCUACGUGCACCUGUGCCUUCAGGAGGACGAGAUGGCGGCAGAUGGUGACAUGCCGUGGGGUGUGGACGCACUGCUCACCCUCAUUUUCCAGAGCAGGCGGUACUGCCUCAAGUCUUAUGACAGCCGCUACCUUCGAAGUGAUGGCCGCCUUGUCUGGGAGCCUGAAGCCCAUGCCUGCUACACACUGGAGUUCAAGGCAGGCAAGCUGGCCUUCAAGGACUGUGACGGCCGAUACCUGGCACCUGUGGGGCCUGCCGGCACGCUUAAGGCUGGCCGAAACACGAGGCCCGGCAAGGAUGAACUCUUCGACCUGGAGCAGAGUCACCCACAGGUGGUACUGGUAGCUGCCAACCACCGCUACGUCUCUGUGAGGCAAGGAAUCAAUGUCUCAGCCAAUCAGGAUGAAGAACUGGACCAUGAGACAUUCCUAAUGCAAAUCGACCAGGAGACAAAGAAGUGUACUUUCUAUUCCAGCACUGGGGGCUACUGGACCUUGGUCACUCACGGGGGCAUUCAGGCCACAGCCACGCAAGUUUCUGCCAACACCAUGUUUGAAAUAGAAUGGCACGGCCGGCGGGUGGCACUUAAAGCCAGCAAUGGGCGUUAUGUGUGCAUGAAGAAGAAUGGGCAGCUGGCUGCUAUCAGUGACUUUGUGGGUGAGGACGAGUUAUUCAUCCUCAAACUCAUCAACCGACCCAUCCUGGUGCUCCGUGGCCUGGAUGGCUUUGUGUGCCACCGCCGAGGCUCCAACCAGCUGGACACCAACCGCUCCACCUACGAUGUCUUCCACCUGAGCUUCAGGGAUGGCGCCUAUCAAAUCAGAGGCCGUGGAGGUGGGUUCUGGUACACUGGGAGCCAUGGAAGUGUGUGCAGCGAUGGUGACUUGGCGGAGGAUUUCCUCUUCGAGUUCCGAGAGCGUGGCCGUUUGGCCAUCCGUGCCCUCAGUGGCAAGUACCUGCGUGGAGGUGCCUCAGGGCUGCUGCGUGCUGACGCGGACCUGCCUACGGGGGAAGCUCUCUGGGAAUAUUGAGGACUCACAGGGGGUCAACCCCAGAGCCAACCUACCCAGCAUUAAACCUUUGUUGCAGAGUU